AUAUAAGAUUGUUUAAUAGAAAGAUAUACUACUAACAUUUCGAACGGCUAAGCAGCUGGGCAUAUAUAGGAGCAAAGACCCGCAGGAAUAUGUUGAACGCUAGCACUUCUCUCACGGAUCGCUUCUUCUAGCUCCUCCCGUUCCGUGUGGACACUUGUGCCAUUUUUAUCUCCCUCCGACGCCGCGGCAAAACUUCCCAGCAGCCCGGAUUAUAAGGCAAUGCGCAAAGGAAGAAGCUGCUUAUACUUCAUCAGUAACAAGACCAAGGCUGUCUGUUCUUGUAGGAAAAACCAUUCCAAGGACUUCCACUAUCUGAUGGGAUGCAGGAAAGAUAGCAAAGACAGAUCAAUAUAAGUUGACGAGCCUCAUUCACCAUUGGUAUCCAUCACCAUGAAACCAUCAAGCACCAUCACACAUUAAAAAUAAUCAAGCGUUCCACAGGUGAUUUCAAUGCUUGCACUUGUUGGAGCAAGGGAACCGCUUGUUCAAGCACAGGCGUGCCACCGUGGUACAAUGCCGCUCAAGUCUCUGGCCAGGCCAAGGCUUUCUCCGGUUACCAUGACCGAAAAAGACAACAAUACACACGACGGUCUAAUUCCCGGUUUGCCGGAAGACAUGGCGAAGAUAUGCCUCGCUCUCGUCCCUCGGAGACACUUCCCUGCCAUGGGUGCAGUGUCCAGGAGGUGGAUGUCGUUCAUCGGCAGCAGAGAGUUCAGUGCUGUCAGGAAGGAGGUUGGGAAGAUUGAAGAGUUGGUCUAUGUCCUUGCUGCUGAAGCUGGAGAAAAUGGGUGUCACUGGGAGGUCUUGGGGGAGCGCAAAAACAGUGCAAUUCCCCCUAUGCCUGGGCUGGCCAAAGUUGGGUUCGGUGUGGUGGUUCUUUAUGGGAAGUUGUAUGUCAUUGCUGGCUAUGCUGCUGUCCAUGGGAAUGACUCUGUUUCUGACGAGGUUUACCAGUACCAUGCUCGGCUCAACAGGUGGGGUGCACUUGCCAAGAUGAAUGUUGCGCGUCGCGACUUCGCCUGCGCCGAGGUCGACGGCACGAUAUACGCUGCCGGUGGAUUCGGCUCCAGCGGCAACAGUUUGUCCAGCGUGGAAGCAUACGAUCCCCGGCAAAACAGAUGGAGGCUGAUCGACGGCCUUCGCAGGCCAAGGUGGGGCUGCUUCGCCAGCGGGUUACACAGCAAGCUCUACAUAAUGGGCGGCCGAUCGAGCUUCACGAUCGGCAACUCCCGCUUCGUCGACGUCUACGAUCCCGGCCGCAGCCGCUGGGAGGAGAUCAAGAGAGGCUGCGUCAUGGUCACCUCGCACGCGGUUGUCGGCGAGACCUUGUUCUGCGUCGAGUGGAAGAACCAGCGCUGCCUCUCGGCGUUCGACCCUUCGGACGGUUCUUGGAAGAAGAUUCCGGUGCCGCUCACCGGCAGUUCGAGCACCAGAUUCUGCCUUGGGGCGCGUGGCGGGAAGCUGCUGCUGCUCUCGCAGGAGGAAGAGGGCGGGUAUCAGACGAUGACGUACGAUCCGGCUGCGGCGCCGGGCUCGGAGUGGGGGACGUCGGAGCUGAAGCCGUCGGGGUUGUGCCUGUGCAGUCUGACCAUUCAGGUUUGAUGAUUCGGCGAGGGAUUUUUUUUCAAAACUAGCAUGGUUUUUACAGCAAUUUCGGAAAUUAGCAGUGCUAACAAGUUAUUUGCAAAAUUAGUACCCCGUCGGUCUCCCAUUGGCCGAAGAGUGGCUCUUCGGCCAGCCGUUGACCGAAGAGGGCACUUCUGCCUCCCGUUGGCCGAAGUGUGCCCCAACUAGGCCGAAAACGACUCUUCAGCUUCCCAUAGGCCGAAGAGCACUCUUUGGUCAACCGUAGGCCGAAGAGUCCCCGGCUCCCACCUUUUCGCGUGAACUGGUGACCGAAGUUGCAUGGUCGCGCUCUUCUGCGUACUGUAGGCCGAAAAGGGUUUUUUAUUAUGACUUACGAAUAUUGUGUAACCAUUUUGCAAUGAAAAAAAAUUGCACAGCCCUUUCCGUAAAUAUUUUCCCGCCAACUCUUUCCCCUCCAUAUGUUCCCGCCAACCCUUUCCCGCCAUAUGUUCACGCCACCCGUUUCCCGCCAACCCUUUCCCGCCAUAUGUUCCCGCCACCCGUUUCCCGCCAACCUUUUCCCGCCAUAUGUUCCCGCCAACUCUUUCCCUCCAUACCCCAGUCGUUCUUUCCCGCCAUUUUCUCUCCUCUCUACCUAUAAAACCCCCUUGACCCGGAGGUGAAUAAGUAGUCCAGUGUAGUCGAGAUGUCUCAUUAUCCUUUUGAUCGUAGUUUUCACCCUGAGAUGAGCAGCACUCUUCUGAGGCUAGCUACCGAUUUCAGGAUGGACAAUAGGAUAGUUCCAUGGGAAGAACUCACCGGUAGUGACACCAUAAUGAAUGAGUUGGCUCACCAAUUACGUAGGGCUGGGUGGCCUGAAAGGACUUAUGCGGAGGUACGUAAAGAACUUCUUAGGUUGAAUGAAAGGUGGAAGAAGGUAGUGAAGCCGAAGAGUGAAACUUUUAGAAGGACUUUAGAAAAGCAUCCAUUUUGAUGGACUGAGGAGAGCGAGGACGAAGAUGAUAUCUUCAUGCCGCCGCUCCCGGGUUCCGCAUCAUCGAAGGGCAAGAGUUCUGCAUCGUCAAAGGG